GUUAAUAUUUCAUUUUCCAGCAGGACGUGGCACACUGCCCACACUGCUAAAAGUACCAAUUGGUCUUAUAUAAUAUUCAAAUGUUUGGAAACAUUGAUUUUGGGGUUUUCAUUGGCUGUAAUCCAUAAUCAUCAACAAUAAAGAAGAAAUAAAAGAAUUACUGUGGAAUCGCUGUUUGCUACAUGACAGGCCAUGACUGUUGCCCUUUCUAUUCAUGUGUUAUAAAUGCUUAUUAAUGGUUUAUAACCUAAUUAAUAACCAUUAAUUAACUCCUAAUAAACCUUUUUUUUACAUGAUGUUACAUUAGGUGCUCUGUAGGGAUUUUAAAUGUGGUCAGAAAUGAAAGUUACUCACCUGUUCAGCCCCGCCCUGCCCUUUGCUAAGCUCCUCCCACUUACACCACCUGCUACCUGCUGGAGGAACUGAAACUCAUUCUUUCACUGCUUACUUCUUACUUCUCCUCUCUGCUAAAUACUCUUAUCUGACCUCUUUGACUUUUUAACCAUCUAUCUGAGGAUUCAGCACUGAAUCAGACCAUUCUGAAGACCACGUCUUCUGAGCAACAGUUAAAAAAACAUUAGAAGAAGAGGUCAGCAGAUGGAAAUGGGAUCUAAAAGCUCUCUACCGGACGAGGAUCUGCUGUGCUGUGUGUGUUUCGACGUCUUCACUGACCCGGUUCUGCUCUCCUGUACCCACAGUGUGUGUAGAACCUGUCUGCAGGGCUUCUGGGAGAGUAAAGGGUCUAGAGAGUGUCCGGUCUGCAGGAGAAGAUCCUCUAAAGAAGAUCCUACCCUGAACCGAGCGCUGAAGAACCUGUGUGAUGCUUUCCAGGAGAGGAAGAACCGUGGAGGGUCUGCGGGGGGGUCUGAGGUGGUCUGCAGUCUCCACCGUGAGAAGCUCGGGUUCUUCUGUCUGGAUGAUCAGAAGCCUGUGUGUGCCGUGUGUCAGACCUCAGUCCGACACACCAAUCACAAGUUCCUCUCAGCGGAGGAAGCUGUGGCUGAGCUGAAGAAUAAACUCCAGACUGCUUUAGAGACUCUCCAGAAGAACCAGAACGUCUUCCAGGAAGCUAAACGAGCCUAUCAACAAACAGCAGCCCACAUUAAGACGCAGGUCCAGCUCACAGAGACGCAGAUAAAGGAGGAGUUUGAGAAGCUUCAGCAGUUUCUGAGAGCUGAAGAAGAGGUGAGGAUAGCUGCACUGAAGAAGGAGGAGAUGCUGAAGAGUCAGAUGAUGAAGAGGAAGAUAAACGAGAUGGAGGGAAGAAUAUCCUCUCUUUCACAAACCAUCAAAAACAUAGAGAAGCUGAUGAAAGCUGAGGACUUUCAGAUAUUACAAGACUUUAGCUCUACAGAGAAACUAAUUAAGAACUCACCAGUGACUCCAGUGAAGACUCCAGGAGCUCUGAUCGACGUAGCCAAACACCUCUCCAACCUGACCUACACAGUCUGGCUGAAGAUGCAGAAAAACGUCCAGUACACCCCCGUUACUCUGGACCCCAACACUGCAGCCUUGCACCUCCGGCUCUCCGAAGAUCUGACCGCUGCAGAAUACCGACACCAGAACCCGGCGGUUCCUGAUAACCCGGAGAGGUUUGAUAAGUACCUGUGUGUUCUGGGCUCUGAGGGGUUCAGCUCCGGGACACACUGCUGGGAUGUUCAGGUUGGAGACGGUCACGACUGGGAGCUGGGUCUGAUAUCGGAGCAGGUCUCGAGGAAGGGUCAGGACUUCAUGAGCUCGGUUUGGACUCUGGGCUUUAAUAUUAACAGCAGUAAAUACUGGAGACGCUGCCCGGGAGAACCCGUUCACUGCUUCAGUUUUGGAGAGAAGCUGCAGAAGAUCAGAGUGCAGCUGGACUGGAACAGGGGGAAACUGACCUUUAUCAAUCUUCUGAAUAACACACACCUGUACACCAUAACACACACCUUCACUGAGAGAGUUCUACCCUACUUCUGUACCGGAUCUGAUCAUCCUCUGAAGAUCUUACCUGUGUCUGUAUCAGUGAAAAUUAGGACACACACCUAACUUAUCCAUUUGACUUGAUCAGUACCUGAUCAUCCUUUCAGAAGGUUUUAGGAGCUUUUAUAACACUUUAUAAUAACUUUCAUUAAUAUAGAAUUAAUGAAUCAUUAAUAACUCUUAUUUUUCACAUUUUUAGAAACUGCAUUUGCUAAACAUUUGCGCGGUUUAAAUUCGCAUUUACUAGCAAUUUAUUAAUGUUCUAAUUCUGAUGAGCUAAUGACUUGCUAACAUUUUUAAUAUAAAUAUCCAUACUGAUAAAUAAGUGUCAUGUGUGAGCAUUUGUUAAUGUUCAAAUUCUGAUAAACUACUGCUUUGUUCAUUAGUUAAAAAUAUAUUAUUGAAAGUUAUUAUAAA